GGGGGGCCUGUCGGAGGAAGGGGUCGCUCGGGGUGAGGAGGAGGCAGCAGCGGCGGCGGCUAGGAGGCGGAAGUGAGCCCGGGCCGCCCCGGCAGAGGCUGUGCGUGCGUGGAGACGGCUCCGGCUUGGGCGUUGUGAGGGAGCCCGCGCCCUCCCCUGGUCCCCCUCCGGCGGCGGCCAUGGCGAAAGGCAGGGUCGGGGAGCGGGCUGAGGAGGUGGCAGCGGCCCCGGCGGGGCCGCGGGACCCCCCCGACCAGGCCCAGAGAGACUCCCUGAAAGUAAAAGCUAAUGCAGAAGCUGGAUCAGCAAGGAUGUCUCUUCUUAUCCUGGUGUCCAUUUUCCUGUCUGCUGCUUCUGUUAUGUUUUUGGUAUAUAAGAAUUUUCCUCAACUUAGUGAGGAAGAAAGAGCAAACAUGAAGGUUCCCCGAGAUAUGGACGACGCCAAGGCACUUGGAAAAGUUUUAUCCAAAUACAAGGACACCUUUUAUGUACAAGUACUUGUAGCUUAUUUUGCUACAUAUAUUUUCUUGCAAACAUUUGCUAUUCCAGGGUCUAUAUUUCUCAGUAUUCUCUCAGGGUUUCUUUAUCCCUUUCCAUUAGCCUUAUUCCUUGUUUGUUUGUGCUCUGGACUUGGCGCUUCCUUCUGUUACAUGCUUUCCUAUUUGGUUGGGAGACCAGUAGUAUACAAGUAUUUAACAGAAAAGGCAGUAAAGUGGUCACAGCAGGUUGAACGACAUCGAGACCAUCUUAUAAACUACAUAAUAUUUUUGAGAAUAACACCUUUUCUGCCUAACUGGUUUAUUAAUAUAACAUCUCCUGUUAUAAAUGUACCAUUAAAAGUAUUUUUUAUUGGUACUUUUCUAGGUGUUGCACCUCCAUCUUUCGUAGCAAUCAAAGCAGGAACAACACUCUACCAGCUUACAACAGCAGGAGAAGCUGUUUCCUGGAACUCAGUAUUUGUCCUGAUGAUUUUAGCAGUGCUCUCUAUUCUUCCAGCUAUCUUCCAGAAAAAACUGAAACAGAAGUUCGAGUAACUAAGCACUUUGGUUUUAGUUUCCCUGUAUUUUCAUCUCAGGAUCUGCAAUUCCAUAUUUUUCUGUUUUGAAAUCAUCUCUUCACCAAUGGAAAAAGAGAACAUUUUCCUAUCAAACAGCUGAAGGAAGGCAUUCUAGGUGGCAAGGAAGAAGAGGAAGUAAAAUGGGAAUUGGAAAAGGACAUUGAUUUGCUUGCUGUUGGUGGGUAGGGAAACAUUAACUUCCAAAUGAACACCUAGCCAGUAACUACAGACAAGUAUUAAUGUCAGGUUACAGAGAACUCUUCAUCCAAAUCUGUAGAGCUAAUCCAGCUGUUGUAAUCCUAGGACCUGGAUACAGAUAUUCCUGACUUGAUAAUUGGGGCUGUUGAUUUUCCCUUCUCCCUUCCCUCUCUCAAGUGAUAACCUGAUUGAUAUGCAACAGUACCUGCUGGAAAACAAAAGUGUUAAUAUUCCUACUGAGAUCAGCCCUUUUUACAGAGCAUCAGCUGGGAAAAUGAGACUGACAUACUGUGGUUCUUACAUUUUCCCUCUUAGUUUUGUGCUGAUAGAUUUAUUUAAAUAUAGGCCCUUGGAAGAUUGAGGAAUUCAGUUUGGAUAUCAGGCUUUUCUACUUUUGUGGGGUUUGAUUUUUGUUGUUUUGUUUUGAAUUUUUAUCAUGAAGAAUUUAUCUCAAUAUUAAAAUUCUGACCUCAACUUGUUUUGUUCUCUUUAAACUAGAUUUGCCAAUAUUUCAGUUGUGCCUGUAUACUAGGGUGAUCAAAAUUAAUGGCAAUAAUUUCUAUCCAAAUAAUAUUUCAGAAUAGACUAUUCCUCUUUGAAAAUUCAAAAGAGGUUUUCCAAAGCAUCACUCCAAAUACAGUGUGAAGGGGGUAGAAAAAUUGCACUGUUUUGAUUUUUAGGGACGAAAACUUCAUGCCGGUACACAUCUGCACUGGUAAAUAAAAUGAAUUGGUUAGACAAAUAGUUAUGGAAUUUUCAUUCUUAAUUUAUUAGUCUGGUACUUAAAGUAUGUUAUAUAAUUACACUUUUUAAUGCAUGUUAUACUUACAAGGCUAUGUUUUUUGUACCCAAUUUGGUAGCUUUUUGUUUGUGGCUGCUUUAGAUCAGUGCAGUUUUCAAAUCAAGUGCUUUAUUUUGUCUUAAGCCACCGAAAAAAAAAAAGAACACUUUCUCUCGAAUGGUAACAAGUCUAAUUGGGUAGCACUGAAAAAACUACUCACUACUUGCUGCUUGGUUUUGCAAUGCCUCUGACUUUGGGCUUUGCCGUUCUGAAAGGUUUCAUCAGCUUUGUUUUCCCAGAAGUUUGUCAUUACAUUAGAAACAAAAGAAACCCUGUAUUAUAAUUUUUUUUUUAAUUUAGAAAGAUGUCAUCUUUAAAACCUCAUUUCUAUGAUGUAAUGUGGAUCAAUCAGUUACUUUUUCUGUCACAGUAUUAACAAAUGAAUUUAUUGUAAAUACACAGAAAAUAUAUUAACAUGUACAUGUCUCAUUGCUUUAUGUGAUCCGAUUUAAUUUUGUUCAUAGAAAAAGCUUCCUUUCUGCUCUUAGACUGCAUAACAAAGGUUUGAGUAUUUUUACAUAAAAGGAUCUAAAACAUACUUUAUGGACAAAGUAAUAAUUUUUAAAAUAUGACAGUAAAUUUUUACUUCAAAAUAUGAACUUGUUAUAAUUUAUGAGCCUGGACUCAGCAUAGCAGUGAAGCUUCACACUCCUGAGUUUGUCCUCUGAAGGCCUCAUACCGGUUGCCUUUUCAGAGUGAUUAUUAACUGUUUAGUUGCUUCCCUCUACUGUUCACCUUUGAUGAAUAUGACUGCUGUUUUCAGUUCAGUGUUUUUUAUUUUUCUAAAAUGUCAUUGACUUCAAGGCAGUAGUUGUAGAUUCCUUUUCAGUGGCUGCUAGGAAGGAAUUCUUGAACAUGUUUUACUGGGGGAAAAUAUAGCCAGUGGCAUGCAAAAGCCCCUUCACAAAAGUGGUAUUCCUAGAAGAUUUGUUCUCAUGCCCCAAAUUAAUAAGGUCCAGUUGGCACAAGUUUGAGUCCUUUGGAUGGAGAGAGCUGCCAUGAAACAAAUGGUAAGGUAAUCAAAACUGUAGGAAGGUAAGACACUGACUUACCAUGUGAGAUUGCAUUCACUUGGAAAAGGAGAUUGUCUUUGGAAUUGUAUUAUGUUUUGUGUACGAUAUUUUUAAGAUACUCAGUGUAAGCUAAACUGUGAUGGGAAUAAAACACUUGAGAAACAUUG